AAUAAUUUUGUAACUAAUCAUUUUAAAUAACUAACACAAGUUUAAGGAUAAAUAUAUUAUUGAAAUGUCGGUAUCUACACAAAUUAACUGUUUUAAUCAAUUUCGUUUGACUUUUGAAUAUAAGUGCAAAUUCAUUAAUGACUUUUUAGCUUCUAAUGUAGUCACUUUUUACGAUAAGUAUGAUUUAUUAAUAAAUAUUUAAAAUAUGCGUGAAAUGUAAGUGAAUUUGCGGAAAGGAAUAGACAUUUUCCUUGUGUUUUCUUUCCGUAUUUCUGGCUGUACGGACAUAAGCCACGUUCACGAGUCCAUGUUAGAUGUUAUGUGAAUCGAAAUGUACAGUUUGCUAUGGCUGACUCAAAUGUCCGAUGACUCAAGAGUUAUUGUUUUUGUCAAUGCGAAUGGGCGCUGACUUAUUACCAAGUGUUGAAGGUGGAAAUAUUUCAGGCUUGUUUUUUUACAGUGAGGCAGUAGUUCAUUAUGAACGGCCUGAGUUUAAGUGAAUUGUGCUGUUUGUUUUGUUGUCCUCCAUGUCCAACACGGAUUGCUGCCAAACUGGCGUUUUUGCCACCCGAAUCCACGUACAAUUUCCAAGCAGACGAGACUGGAUCGAAAUUUAGCUUGAAUCUGACGGAACGCGCGGAAUGGCAGUAUUCGGAUCGCGAGAAAGAGAACAUUGAAGGUUUUUUCACACGGACCUCUCGGGGAAAUCGCAUUGCGUGUUUGUUCGUCAGAUGUAGCACGAACGCGCGGUUUACCAUUUUAUUCUCGCACGGCAACGCCGUAGAUUUGGGCCAGAUGAGCAGCUUCUACCUGGGCCUGGGGUCGCGGAUAAAUUGCAACAUAUUCAGCUAUGAUUAUUCAGGGUAUGGUGUGAGCACUGGCAAGCCAUCCGAGAAGAAUUUGUACGCAGACAUAGACGCUGCGUGGCAUGCGCUUCGCACGAGGUACGGAAUUUCUCCAGAGAACAUUAUCCUGUACGGCCAGAGCAUUGGGACAGUGCCCACGGUGGACCUUGCAUCGCGGUACGAAGUAGGAGCGGUGAUACUCCACUCCCCGCUCAUGUCUGGCAUGAGAGUGGCUUUUCCCAACACGAAGAGGACGUGGUUCUUUGAUGCCUUUCCUAGCAUCGACAAGGUGCCGAAGGUGACCUCGCCCGUGCUGGUGAUCCACGGCACGGAGGACGAGGUGAUAGACUUCUCGCACGGCCUGGCCAUCUACGAGAGGUGUCCGCGCGCCGUCGAGCCCCUCUGGGUGGACGGGGCCGGCCACAACGACGUGGAGCUCUACUCCCAGUACCUGGAGCGCCUGAAGCAGUUUGUGAGCGUGGAGCUGCUCAACUGACAGCUACUGCCGGCCGGCGAGGAGUCGGAGCACACCGUCAGUUCCGCCACCACCAGCUCCGUCACGGAGAAGCUGCUCUAGCCACCAGACCCUCCACCGGACCCCGCGGCCGACGGCGGGCCGUCGGGCGAGCCCGCGUCGUGCGACCUGCCGCGCGAGACCACGUGCUAGCCGGCGGCGGCGGGAUCCGCUGUGGAGUCUGCUGAGGCUGGAAGGUCCUGCUGACAUCCAGAAGACCUGGCUGUCGUUGGGAGGCAAAGUCCCUGCCAAUGUUAGGACGUGCUUGUGUUGGGAGAACUGCUGAUGUUGGGAGUCCCUACUGACGUAGGGAGUCCCUACAGACGAGAGGACCUGCUAAUGUUGGGAGUCCCUGCUGACGUUGGGAGUCCCUGCUGACGUUGGGAGUCCCUGCUGACGUUGGGAGUCCCUGCUGACGUUGGGAGUCCCUGCUGACGUUGGGAGGCCCUGCUGAUGGGAGGACCUGCUAAUGUUGGGAGGCCCUACUGAUGGGAGGACCUGCUAAUGUUGGGAGUCCCUGCUCAUGUUGGGAGGACCUGCUAAUGUUGGGAGGACUGCUGACGUUGGGAGUCCCUGCUGAUGUUGGGAGUCCCUGCGGAUGUUGGUAGGACUGCUGAUGUUGGGAGGCAAGAGUCCGUGCUGACGUUGGAAGUCCCUGCUGACGGGACAAUCUGAUAACGUUGGGAGGCCCAUGUUCUAGCUAGGGGCUCAGGGUUCGCUAUGGGGUGUGACGAUGUCUAGUAGGGGCGCUGGUGUCAGGAGGACUAUGUGUUGUUGAAACUAGGAUUGAAACAGACUUGCCAAUCAGAUUAGUUCAGCCUAAAAACACGAGACACCCCACAAAAAUUUUAUUGCCUCGUAUUCUAGUGGUUGCCUCCAUUUUUUUUCAGAUGCUGAAGAUUUUAUAACUGAUUCGAAUGUUGUACUUAUAUAAGAAACGCGGAAGCGAGCGAUGCUUGUUCCGUCACAAGAGACGCUAGUAAAAGCGUCUCUUGUAUGCUAGUAUGUUAACUAAGUUUUAGGAAUAUUGAAACAGUUUGUUACCUUGUAUCUUGCAGGAAUGCCGUAAUUUUACGGUGUCGCCGUAACACAAUCAUUUUUAAGACGAGUCUGUUUGUUGAUAAACUGAUGUGUUGAAAUUGUUAGUUUUUAAUGGAAAAUAAAAUUGCAAGAAAUUUUUCAAGAAGCCCAUGGUGACAGCGGAGUAUUCAAAUAUUUGAAUAAAUCUGUUAUAUUCGUGAGUUUUUAUGUUGUAUGAUAUUACGUAAAAGAAUUUGUUUGUGUAGUUGGUAGAAUUUUGAUACAUUUGAAAUAUAAAAAAGACAUGUAUUGUGAAUGUAAUAUUGUUGAAAUUAUUGAAUUUCACAUGAUAUAUUUAUUUUCGCUACACAUGUGCUUCAUGACUAUUUUUAAAAUAAAAUUUGUUAUUUUGUGAACUCACUGUGUCAGCUGUUGAAAAUUUAUAUCAUAAAUUUUUUGGCAGGAAAAUUUUUUUUUUGCAACUGUAUGUUAAUUUACAGUUAUUUUUUUUUUAUGAAAUUUAAACGUCAAAUCUCAGCUAAAAUAUUUUGACGGACCGAUACGAUGCCAAUUCUCUUAUCUAUAAGAUACUGGUCCAUUGUAACCAUGUAUGCCUUAAGCACUUUGACAUACAUUAUGUUGUCAUUUUAUUGUUUAUAUGUUUGUAUAAUUAAAACACCUUAAAUAGGCUACCUUCCCUUAAUAGUAGGGUUCGUAAUUUUUCUUUAAACUCUUUAUUUAUGGUAUCAAAGAAUGAAAAUCUGUUGAUUUAUGGCCGUGCGAGAUUUAUUUUUAUCUCGGGCUGAAACAGAAAUGUAAAUACGUACGCAAUAUUAAUUCGGUGAGCGUUGCACCUCAGUUUUCGUGUGUGGGGAGCGGUAGGUGAAUUUUGAGUCUCCUAAAGAAAAAAUCAUUGGUUCACGUGACGAUUUGUUUAGCGUGUCCACGUUGUUUGGAACGUUCGCGACUCUUGACGGCGCGUGGAGCCAUUUUUUUUUUUACAUGUUGGUGUGUAGCGAUGAACUUUGGGUCUUUUAUCCUCUUGUAGCGUAGUUUGUGUUUUUAGUUGGACGGCUUGCGGGGUGGACGGAGGCGCGGUAGCCUAGGCACAGUCGACAGCUGACAGAGUGCACAUCUGCGCGGGGCGUCGGCGGUACUUCCAGGUCCGAGAGCUUGUUAUCACCUUUUGUUGGAACGUAUAACAUAUUUUACGUAGUCUGCCUCUGCACAGACAAAGUGAUCCUUGUAUAAAUUGCUUCAAUUUUUUGGGUUACCACACUAGGAUAAAGCAUCUUAAGAAUAUUGAAAAUGGUAUAUCACCUUAUAUUUUAUUCUUGUGUGGGAAGUAUAAUCUGAAUCAUAUUAUGUUUUGUAUUUUAUAUUCAUUUGUAUAAUAUUCAGCCUAUUUAAUAAAUGUACAGGUAGGCUUAUUCAGGAUUAUUAAAUUUUGUGCUAAUGAUAUGUGUGGUUAUUAUUUUUUUGCUUCAUGUUUGGAAGCAUUUCUGUUAAUGUUGGAAAGAAUUUUUUUUUUGUGUCAAUGAUUGAUGUUUUGUUUUUUUGUUUUUUUUUCUUCAAGCUUUACGUGUAUACACCAAUUGAUAAA